AUGGCGACUUGGAGGAAGCAGUAUGUGGUGGCUCGGCCUGUGUACUCUGAGGACAGCUUCGUUGAGCAGCAAGAGAAAAUCUGCAGGCAGCGCAAAACCCCGUGGGACCACAUCAAACUGUAUUUUACCUGUGAUUCAAAACGUGUGAAGAAUGCAGCUCUGUCCCUGCUGCCCAUCAUCGGCUGGAUGAAGAUCUACCAGGUGAGGAAGUGGCUGCUUGGCGACGUUGUGUCCGGGAUCAGCACUGGACUGGUGGCCAUCAUGCAAGGACUGGCCUUCUCUCUGCUGGCCCAGCUGCCUCCCAGCUACGGCCUCUACACCGCUUUCUUCCCCAUGCUCACGUACUUCUUCCUCGGGACCUCAAGACACAUAUCUGUAGGCUCCUUCCCGGUCCUGAGCCUGAUGGUGGGACAGGUGGUGCUCCGGCUGGUGCCAGGGGACGGAAAACCACCAGCUAACAUCACAGGCUUUGAGGGUCUGUCCGAAGACCACCAGAGAGUCCUCGUGGCUUCCUCUUUGACUUUCCUCAUGGGAAUAUUCCAACUUGCCAUGGGAGUCCUGCAGGUGGGUUUUGUCGUCGUGUACCUGUCCGACACCCUGGUGUCUGGCUUCACCACGGCAGCUGCCAUCCACAUCCUGGUGUCCCAGCUCAAGUUUGUGUUGGGGCUGAACGUUCUCAGUGUUAACGGGCCACUCGCCAUCAUCGACACCCUGGAGAAGAUCUUUGUCCAGAUCACCUCCACCAACAUCUGCGACCUGGUGACAUCCAUAGUGAUCAUGGUGGUGGUGUUCAUUGUGAAGGAGCUGAAUGACAAAUACAAAGCCAAACUGCCUGUGCCCAUCCCAAUAGAGGUCAUCGUGACUAUCAUCUCUUGUGGGAUUUCCUAUGGUGCCAACUUCGAGACAAGAUAUAAUGUUACAGUUGUUGGUAAGAUGGUCAAAGGGUACGAGUCUCCCAUGGCACCAAAUCUUGACGUCUUCAGGGAGAGCGCUGUGGAGGCCUUUCCCAUAGCCAUAGUGGGUUUUGCUGUCGCCUUCUCUGUGGCCAAGGUCUACUCCAUCAAACAUAAUUACACCAUCGAUGGAAACCAAGAGCUGAUUGCUUUUGGGGUUAGCAACAUCUUUGGUGCAGCCUUCAGAUCAUUUGCAGCCAGCACAGCUCUGUCUAGGACGGCGGUGCAGGAGAGCUCAGGGGGCAAAACACAGAUUGCAGGUCUGAUAUCUGCCAUGAUGGCGAUGGUUGUUACUUUGGCGCUCGGUUUCUUGCUGGAGCCUCUGCCAAGGUCUGUCCUGGGUGCCUUGGUCAUUGUGAACCUGAAGGGCAUGCUGAUGCAGGUCAGAGAAAUCCCGUACCUGUGGAGAAGAGACAAACUAGACUGCGUGGUGUGGGUGGGAACCUGUGUGGGUGCCAUCCUGCUCGGACUGGAUCUGGGUCUGGCCGUGGGCCUCGGGGUGGAGCUGCUCACUGUCGUCUUCAGGACUCAGUUUCCCCGCUGCUCUGUCUUGGCUAACAUCCCUGGAACUGACAUGUACAGAGAUCAUAAGGAUUACAUGCAUAUAUAUGAGAUAAAAGGAGUGAAGAUCUUCAGGAUGCCCUCGCCAAUCUUCUUUGCAAACAUUGAGUUCUUCAAGGACAAGCUGACAGAGGCAGUUGGGUUUAACCCACUGAGAGUGCUAAAGAAGAGGAACAAGGCCCUCACGAAAAUAAAGAUCCACUUAAAGAAAAGUGAACACAUGACGAAGGAUGCCGGCAACGUGGAGGAGCUGGUCCUGCCGACCGAUUUCAAGGACCUUCCCUUCCAGAUCGACUGGAACGCUGAUCUUCCCGGCAACAUCUCCAUUCCCAGAGUGGACCUGCACACCCUGAUCCUGGACUUCUCCGCCGUCUCCUUCAUGGACAUCUCUGCUAUAAAGGGACUCAGGACGGCACUCAAAGAGUACAUCCGUAUUGAAGUGGAUGUUUACAUUGUGGCUUGUGACGUGUACAUCCUGGAGAAGCUGCACAGCACCAUGUUCUUCGACGAGGAGAUCCACACCUCCAUGUUCUUCCCAACCCUCCACGACGCUGUGCUGCACGUGCAGGAAAAACGGAAAGACUGCAAAAGUGGAAAUCACUGGUUAUCAAGUACCCCACUCUAGAGGAACAGCUGUCUACAAGAGCAUCCAGUCAGAUGGAGGAUUUGCUCCAGCUACAAGCACCGUGCAUUAAAACAUGUAUAAAACAUUUUGAUACACUGAGCAAUUUUAAAUUACUCUGCUCUAUAUUCUGCCAUGUUGUAUGUUUUGCAAGAAGUGUUUUUUUUUUUUUUUUUUCUGAUACUUGUCAUACUUAAGUCUACAGAGGCAUUUAUUUUAAUGUAGACUUGUGCACUAUCAAGCUGUUUUGGAGUGGAAAUAAACAUCUUUCUUCAAUUUCUCUAAGAUUC